CAAUUAUUAUGAUCAUUACAGGAAGCCACACUUGCAGUUGCUGCUGUAGAGAAGAAAAGGAGGGAACAGAAAGAUGGUGCUUGUAUCAGCUCUCGGGCAAAGAGAGAACGUAUAUUUCGUAUUGGGUUGGUUCGUUACAGAAUGGACUCUUCGGGGAGGACACUUCAAAGGAUUUCAGCUGAUGAGCCCCUAGCCUCUGCUUCUCUCCGUUCAGGUUUGCAUGUCAAAAGUUCAUACAUUCCAAGGAGAUUAGUGAUUGGAAAUGAUGAGUAUGUCCGAAUUGGCAAUGGCCAUAAGCUUAUCAGAGACCCAAAGAAGCGAACUCGUAUAUUGGCUAAUGAAAAAUUAGGUGGAGUUUACACACAGCUAGACAACGGUUGGCUCGGAAGCAGAAGUAUUGUCAAUUCUUUACUAGAUUUGGGAAAUGUAACAAGGAUGACAGGAAGUGUCCCUAUAUUCAUGAUCCCUCUAAAAUUGCUGUCUGUACUAAGUUUCUGAAUGGUUUAUGCUCCACUCCCAACUGCAAAUUGACUCAUAAGGUUAUUCCCGAGAGAAUGCCUGAUUGCUCUUAUUUUUUGCAAGGUUUAUGCACAAAUAGAAAUUGCCCCUAUAGACAUGUUAAUGUAAACCCUAAGGCAUCCGUUUGUGAAGGAUUCCUCCGGGGAUAUUGUGCUGAUGGCAAUGAGUGUCGGAAGAAGCACACCUAUGUCUGCCCUACGUUUCAAGCAACAGGAAGCUGCACCCAAGGGAGCAAGUGCAAACUUCAUCACCCCCAAAAACAAGGAAAGGGAAAGAAAAGGAAGAGAUGCGUGGAUCAGAGGAACUGUAAAAGGCGAUAUUUUGGUUCUUUAUGGAUUGAUGUGUCUGAACCUGGGACGAUGGUUGUAGCUCCAAGGCAAGGGGAACAAAAUAAGGAUGGCCUUGAAGGAGAACUUGCUGACUAUAUCAGUCUAGAUGUCGAGGAUGAAGACGUUGCUGAACUUCCGGGACGAGCAAGGGAGCAAUCAACAUUGUGUGAUGGUGAACCUGGGGACAUAGUAUUGGAUGAUGAGGAUGAACUCAUUAAACCAGUUCUGAUAAUGAAAAAGGAUAUUAGGGCCAAGACAUCUCCUGUCUGACAGCCCCCAGCCAGACAAGUGGCAGGGGGACUAUUUGUGAAGCUAACGAUUUAUUAUUUGUUCUUAGUUUAUAUGCCUGGUUGAUUUUCAAUGCUCUCCACCCGGCACUUCUAUGUGUUUACACUGUACAGCAACAUGAAUAUUAUAUAAAUAACCUGCUUCAAUAUGACCAAUUCUGAGAUUUCUGUGAA